AGAUCAAGACUUUUAAAGUGAUGCCUUACAAGGCAUUCUUUGUACAAAACAUAUCAUAAUUAUAUGAUGGUGAAUAUGCAGGUUCCAGGGUGCUGCUUUGAGGUACAGAGUGCAAAAUAUAGUGUCCAGAGAUCACCAGUAGGACUGGGGCUUCAUUAUAUUAGUUCUCUUCCCCAAAGCACUUACAACACAAGACAUUUUCAAGUUUUUAAAAUUUACCAAAGUGCCAGUUAUCCCCACCUGCUCACCACCCUAGGCAUCAUUAAAUGGUUGGGGUUUUUAUAUGUGUUACACCAGCAAUGGGACUCCUAGAACAGGUACUGGCCUUAUGGAUUAGUUAUUGUACUUGUUUCCAUGCUUGAGGAAUGAAAUUGGCUUUCUGAGGUGCUAUGCCCUUUGUCUACUGACUGGAAGUAAUUUUAUUAUUAAAUAAUAGAUUGAGUAAGGUUAAUAAACUUUAAGACCAGAAGAGUUCAUUGUGAUAUCUAGUCUGACCACCAGUAUGCAUAACUCAGGUAAUAGAAUGCUCAGUGGUUAUGCACUGAGUCCAACAGCUUGUGUUGAACUAGUCUAUACCUUAAAGACUCCAAGUAAUAGAGAAUGUACCACUUCCCUGGUAAUUUGUUUGUGGUUAAUUACCUUUACAGUUAAAAAUCCAUCUCUUUAGUUCCAGUUUGAUGCAGAAUCUAAAAUAGAAAUACUGAAUCAAGUAUUAGAUGUGGUUUUGAUAGGUGCACAUGUCCAUGUUACCUACUGCCAUCAGCGCCCUCCCCUAAUCAUUGGUACUGCUGACAUGACUUUUUUCCCCCUAUUAAUCUAAAGGUGUCUCCAUGAAUAAUUUAAAUGAUCCUCCAAACUGGAAUAUCCAGCCUAAUCCAAGGGAUAAUGGUGGUGAUGGCAACAAAUGGAAUUAUGCUUUGUUGGUUCCAAUGCUGGGAUUGGCUGCAUUUCGUUGGAUCUGGUCCAGAGAGUCUCAGAAAGAGAUAGAAAAAGAAAAAAAAGAAUAUUACAGAAGACUAACAUCUGUACAAAGAGAUCUUGAAUCAAAAUAUCGUGACAUAAUCACAGAAAAUCGUCGCACAGUCGCUCACUUGGAGUUGGAGCUUGAAAAGGAACACAACAGAACCCUGAGUUAUCGUGAAGCCCUAAUCUCCCAGAGUCGCAAAUUAGUAGAAGAAAGAAGAGUUCUAGAACAGGAACGUGACAAGUUAGAGCAAGAAAAACAGGUUCUGCGGCACUCAGGGGCAGCAGGUGCCUUGUACCAAAGUUGUCUUGCAAAGGAAGCACAAUGGCAAAAGAGAGCUAAUAUUGUAAUAAAAGAAUUUGAAGAAGCACUUUUAGAAAGACAAGAUAUCUACUGCAGUUUUGUGCUGCCCAGAAACCAGCGACUAGAAAUAGAGAAAAAUUUGCUAGUUAGAGCAGCAACUGAUCCUGUUGCUAUGGAUAUAGAAAUGGAAAAUGGUUUAAAAGAUAUUUUUAAAUAUGAUACAUAUUGUGGUAAUGUGCUGAACACAAACAAACGUCAAAAUGGAAGACUAAUGUGGCUUUAUCUCAGAUAUUGGGAACUAACUGUUGAAUUAAAAAAGUUCAAGAGAGUAGAGAAGGCCCUGUUGGAAAAAUGAUGUGUGGGGAAAGUAGUGGCAUUUCAUGCACUACGGCACAUGUAGUAUAUAAUGACUCACUGGUAUUAUAAAGCUGCAUUUCCUGUAGUACAUUCAUCUAUUUUUCCCCCUCCUCAUUGCAACCACAUUUGCACUACUCCCAUCCUUGAGAGUGUCUCCACAGUUGGUGCCUUUCCAUUGAUGGGCCAACCACAAAUGCUCACUAAGCAGUGCAGUUUACCCUGAGACUAUGUCAACUGAAAGACACACUUUGUGUUCACAGCCAGGCUAGCAGAGAAUGCUCCCAACUCCUGAUUUCAUGCAUGGCAGUGCAACGGCAUCUUUUUGUGCAACAAAACUCUCAGGAAAGUACUCGGAAGUGACGGUAAUAGUGAGAUUUCUUGUUAUAUUAUUUAGGUGUGAGAUGCUUUCUCUGUACCAAUGAAAAAAGUGUGCAAUCAUGUUUUCAAAUUAGAUUUGCAUUGUUUUCCAUGCUUGAUGUGCAAAUGUCACUUUACGCUACAUUAUACAUAAAAAUAUUUGCUUGAAAUACAAAGACAGAAUGCUAUUUAAAAUAAUACAGAAGGAAAAUAAAAACAAAGACUUUGAUGCUUACUGACAGUGAUAAUGAGGGCAUGAUUGGUCUUAAAUCAGGAUUACAUAUGAGUUAUAAUCUAAAAGUUGCCACUUAAAGGGAAUUCAUACAAUGGGAAAGUAAAACAUUUAAUCACUUAUUUUUCCUUUCAGGUCUAGGUUACCAGUUUGGAUUUUGCCCACAUUGGUAUUGCUGAAGGCCCUAUUGCAUUGACUGAUUGAUCUCUAAUGGGUUGAUUAUUUUAAGCCCAUCUCUGUUAGACAGAUAUCCACAUCAUAAAAGCCAUCGUCACAUGCAGCAGAGAUUUCAAGGAUUGAUUGGAUGUAGAGACUAAGCAACUCUUAUCCUUAUAAGUAGUCCCCCCAGAGCAAGUGUGGGAUUAUAUUACCUUGGCUCAUGCACAGUGAGGAGUUGGGCAGGGAGCAAAACCAUCUCCUGGAUUGAUUUUGGGGAAGUAACUGAGCAAAAGAAAUUAUCAUGGAAUUUUCUUCCUCGACUUCCCUCAUCUGGGUAUUUCAGUCAUGGGGUAAUCUGACCUCACUGUAGAAUUAAACAAGAAAUUACUUAUUCACAGACAAAUAAAAAUAACAGCAAAGGACUGCAGAAAAUAAAAUAUAAAGGCUUUCGUUUUUCAGUCUGUCCUGUUUAAAGUGCCUCUUGAAAUGUUUGUUCUCCUGCAAAAGGAGAAAACAUUAAUCACUUACAUAAAAAGCAAAAGGAAAAUGGAUAUACAGUAACUGAGAAGUAAAGUAACUGUUUAAAUUGAUUUUGUAGAUAUGUUUAUAUCAUUGUCAAUUUCUAUUAAAUAUUGUUUACAUUGCAGCAAGAUGAGCAGUAACUGAUUAUUUCAGAAUUAAUUUUAUUGAUCUCUAGCACUAAUACAUUAUAGCAUAAUGUCUAACAUUAGGUAGAAAAUGAAAUAUUCUAAAGUGACAAUCUUGGGCUAAAUUUGACUCAAAAUAAAGGUUGUAUAACAACUGUCAUUUACAGAAAUGAAGACCAACAGAAGCAUAUCUAUGGAUAUUUUCCAAAUGCCAAUGGUUCUGUCUAUCUGUGUUCUUAUAACUGCACCACUAUAAUAGCUGGCUGCCUCCCAAGGAAUAGAGAAAAUACAAAAGACUAAUGCACUAUACCAGGGUUUCCUUUGUACUUCCCCUGAGGUACUCAGGCAGUGGGUUUUUCAUUUGUGUUUUAACUUGAUUUGAUUUUCUCCUAUGGAUUAACAGCAUUGUGCUACUUCAUAAGAACCUGAAAGUUAAACUACUAAAAUCCAGAUUGGAAGUGAUUUGGGCCUCAGUCCUACAUCAGGACCCACUAUCCCAGACCCUUGCAUCCACACAGAGUACCACUGGCACAGGCGGAGGGAUCCAUUCUAGUAGAUCUCCAUGUAGGACAGGGCCCAGGUCUUUUAUGUCAAAUCUGAGAUAAAUACAAAGAUAAAAAAUGAGCACCCAUUUCUGUUUUGAGAGACUGCCAUUUGUUUGGUUUGAAUUAAGACACAAGCCACACCCUGCGGAGUUUAAAAUUAAGUUAAAGAGUGAAAAGUAAUUUAAAAAAAAUUCUGUUUUAAUAAUAGAUGUUAUUUGUAACUUAAGUAAGGAUAUCAGUUUUCAAUAUUUUUAUCCUGUCAAUGACCCUUUUAUUAAUUGUAGGUACCGCUCCUCUUAAGGUUAAAAGAAUUCUAUUUUGAUAAAAAUGAGAAAUAUAUACCCAAUACACACACUAAAGCUUUGUAAAUUUGUAGUACCUCUUUGAAAAAGGCCAAAAUAUUUAUCAUCUUGGUUUAUAUUUUUCUAUAGUUUUAUCACUGAUACCAACUCAAAAACAUUUAUGAAGAGGACAGAGCUGAUAGGGCAAAACAUUUUUCAGUUUAUAUUAGUAUUUAAAUUGUGUCAGUGUUUGGUUUAUUCCUAAUACAAUGUUGUGAGGUAAUCAGUGUAUCAAAAUGCCAGUUAGUAAAGUAGAGCUAUUUUUGUAAAUAUAAGAUUCUUCAAAGUUACAUUUGUUUAACAUUAGGUUAGUUAAUGAAGGCAGGACAGUGGCUCAGAGGGGAAGUCCAAAAGCACAUAAUAGAUUUAGGAGCACAAGUCCCCCUGACUUUUAAUGGGACUUGUGCUCCUAAAUGUCUUAGGCACUUUUGUAACUCACUCACUCUGUCUCUCUCUCGCAAUAGAUAAGGUUGUGUUGGAAGUUCCACUGUAAGCUUUAUUUUGUCCCUCGCACUUCAAAUUUUGAUCUGGGGAAGUAAUUGGCAAUUUGAUCCCUGCCAAUAGAUGACAUCAGCUGGCAUGAAAAAGAAACUCUUCAACCAGUCAGUUAGUGUAUUUGUUACAUAAGGCCACUUGCCUUCCACCAUGCUUCCUCAAACAGCCCAUUCCCCUCCUCCACACACCCUGGCUCCCUUCAUGCAAUCUCCAAUACUCCUGACUCGUUCCUAUGGAUCUCCACAUCACCCCAACCCACCCCCAGUGUUCAGAGGGUCCAUGGGGGCCCCCCAUUCCCUCUGUGAGCCUAGUUAAUGUCAGACUCAGUGAGCCAAAAUAGUCUAAUUGAGAACUGACAAGCCUACUAAGCCUCUUUGGGGUGGCGGAGAGGGCUGCCAAAUACUCUCUCUUCCUUGGCUCUCACUGUGUCCCAUCCCACACAAAGUGCCCACUGCCUCUCAGCUCAGUCACACUCCUCACACUAUACCAAUUCCUCUGUCUUGCCCUCUUUUGUAUCUUGCCCUGUCCCCUCUCUGCCUGCCCCACAAUGCCUCCUAACACCUUUCCUCUCUCAUGCAACCUAACUAGACUGACCAGAUCCUCUGAGCCUUCACUCCUAGGCUUCCAGCUGUCUGUAGCUCCAGCACCACUCCAUCACUUCCUCAAUAUUCUGAGGAUUACAUAAUAGUAGCUAAACAAGAAGAAACUGUGAGAAUAAUCUAAUGUGUAUAUUGCAUACAUCAUAGAGAUGCUGGUUGCAGCUUCAUUGUUAAAGAUGCAUUGAGAGUUCCUUUGUAAGUCAUGUUUUGACACAGCCUACUCUCAUCCCUAAAAUGUUAUAGGAAGGAGCUAUUACUAUGAAAUAUUGGAAAUUAAUCUAAGGGAGGAGCAGAAUUUUUCUAUUAAGUUUGGUAUCAAAUGUUAAUGUAACCCUAACCUAUGAUUUUUUGGGGAAGGGGUUGGAGGUGUUAUUUGUUUCAUUUUAUUGAAUGUAUUAAUUGGUUCUUGUAUUGCACUCAGCAACCUUAUCUGAAACUUAAUAAAGUUUUAUGUUUUGGGAUAUUUAGAGGAUUUAGAGGUGAAGUUACUAUCAACAUUAGCCUAAUCCUUCUGUAUCCCUAUAAUAAAUAGUUUCUGGACCAGUAUAGGUAGAUUGAAAUAAAGUACCUAUGGGUGCGUGGUGGGCUAAUAUUUUACAAUAUGAUACAGAACACGCCGCUGAUUUCUAGAGGAAGUGCGCCCAUGUAACUCUGGGCCAAAUUCUGCUCCAAGAGUUCAGAGACCAGAAAGCAUCAUGUGCUGAAAGACGAUGUCACUGAAUGUGCAGGCAGUGCAGUGAGCCUGAGGUGUACGGAAAGCCAGAGUAAACACCUUGUCAUACAUGGUUGCUUGGUUAAAAUAUUAAUCGGUAUUUGUGAUAGGUUAGUUAUCUGUAAGACAAUUAGCCACAUUGUCAGGUAGUUCAAGCUCAAAAGUGUCUAUUUCUUAAAUAUUAAUGGAAAUGUAUUAAAUAAUGUUGGGGAGGGGUGUGCUUUCUUUUCAGAGUUAAAUAGAAAGUAUAUUGUUUGGGUUUAAAUUCCUUCCUCAAUCCUCUUUGUCUGGUGCUGUCUCCCCCUGCAGCAUAUAUAGCUGUGAUCAGUGUAGAGUCAGAAACAUUUCUUCACUUACUGUGUACAUUACCAUGCACACCUAUGAUUCUGUAUAUACUCAUUAAAGAAAAAUGACAGGUUAUUCAUGACCCACACAAAUAACCAAGAAAGACAGGCAGCCAGUAAACAUGGUUUCUGAGGAAAUUUGGGGAUCUAAUAUUGGCAGGUGCCAUCUUCACAUUAUCUGUCCUUGGAGAUAUUCCAAAGUAUUUGCUUUCAUGAAUCACUGAGUCUCUUGAAACAAUCUGUUUGUGCACCUCCUGGCUUCAUAUUUACCUAUUAAAAUAGGAUUAUAAUUAAGUCACAGGUAGCCUACUAAUAGCUAACAAAAAAGUACUGCCACAACAGAACUUUGCAUGGUAUUAUAAUUAGAAAAAUGUUAGUUUCGCAUGUGCAUACUGAAAUUACACUCAGUGUGUAAAAUGCUGUCCCAAAUUUCUGCCUGUCUGGUACAUACCUAUGUCUGCAUGUAUUAAAUGUAAAUAAAGACUUGGAAAAUCAAAA